AUGACAGCCACCAGAACCGUCCGCGGCUUCCAUACCCCCGCUGCCUCUGGCGACGAAGACUCUGAUUACUCCGGCUUCAAUACCCCCCGCCCACACACGCAGACCCCCAAGCCCGCGCCCACCGGAUCGGGCCUCAAGGACAUGGUUUGCAACAACAGCUGCGCCAUGGUCCGCCAAGGAUCCAACCAAUCCACCGCCUCAGCGUCGCCAACCAAGAUGAGCGGCAUCGGGCACCUGCUGCGACAAGAGCUUCAGAACCUCAAUCUCGACGACGCAAAGUCACGCAGCCAGUCGUUUGUGAAUGGCGUCAAGGACCGCUUCAAGAAGGGGUCGCCGGGGAGCAGCACGGGUUAUACUACACCGGAUAAGAGUGAUAGUGAUUCGGGUGAGCGCACGUACGAGGUUAGGAUUGGCGCGACGGGGGGUUAUGAUUACAUUGCCCACGGCAAGUUCCCGACCUGGGACGAGAGAGAUAACUACGGUGCGGAUUUCGGCGUGCCACUUGAGCCGGAUGAGUAUGAUCCUGAAGUCUUGAGGACGGACCGCAAAAUGUCGGCUGCCGACUUUGAGCCGCUUCGUUGUCUAGGCAAGGGCACAUUCGGGACGGUGCAUUUGGUCAGGCAGAUUUCAACUGGGCGUUUGUUUGCGCAGAAGCAGUUCAAGAAGGCGACGCUCAUUGUGCAUACGUCACAGAUUGAACAAACGAAGACAGAGCGCACGAUCCUGGAGAACAUCAACAGACACCCAUUCAUUGUGAAGCUCUACUACGCCUUCCAGGACCAGGCGAAGCUGUAUCUCAUCCUGGAGUAUGCGCAAGGGGGCGAGCUGUUCACACACAUGCAGCUCGAAUGCUUCUUUGUCCAAGAGCGUGCCGCUUUCUACAUGGCGGAGUUAGUCCUUGCACUGGAGCAUCUCCACAAGAACCUCGGUGUCGUUUACCGUGAUCUCAAGCCCGAGAACUGUCUCCUGGAUUCCGAGGGCCAUCUCCUCCUCACGGAUUUCGGCCUUUCCAAAGUCGCUCUCGAUGGCGAGAGCUGUGCAACCGUCGCUGGCACUGUCGAAUACAUGGCCCCUGAGGUCGUGCAGGGUAAGAGGUAUGGAUUCGCCGUCGACUGGUGGUCGCUCGGCGCACUGGGGUUCGACCUGAUGACCGGCAACCCUCCCUUCCGCGGCAACAACAAGAACAUUAUCAUGCAGAACAUCGUGCACGGCAAGCUCAAGCUGCCCUACCACCUCAGCUCUGAGACGAAGGAUCUUCUUACACGCCUACUACGCAAGGAACCCAAGAAGCGCCUUGGCUACGGGCCGCGUGACAUCCAGACCAUCAAGUCCCACCGCUUCUUCAAGAAUAUCGACUGGGCGGCCCUAGGGCGCCGCGAGGUCAGCCCUCCCAUUGUGCCGUUCAUCAACGAUCCCGAGCUGGCUGAGAACUUCUCCAGCGAGUUCACGACGCUUCCCCUUAGCCCGGUAGUGGAGCGUGGGCACUGGGGGUCAAGAGAAGAUCUAAACCCAGCGAAUGUGUUCAACGGGUUUAGCUAUGUGGCGAGCCAGAGCCUUCUGGAUGGGUUCAGUGGUCACUCUCGUGGGGGGUUGAGGAGGGAUGUGGAUGAUGAUGAGGACGAUGAGGAUGCGGAUGAGGAAAGCUUGGUGGAGAAGGAUGAUGAUGGGUGUGGAGAUGUGACGGGGAGAGGGCAGAGAGCCGAUAGCGUGGCUUCGAUGAUUAGUUUAUAG